CGGGCGCCCGCUCCUCCCUCCCCUCCCCGCCGCUGGCCUCAGUCACUUCCGGAGCGGGGCUGAGCCGGGCCGGGCCGAGCCGAGCCGAGCCGGGGCAGGAUGGCGGCGGCGGCCGCGGCCGCGGAGAAGGAGGCGAGCCAGCAGAGCACCCUGGGCGCCUACUCGCCCGUGGACUACAUGAGCAUCACCAGCUUCCCCCGCCUGCCCGAGGAGGAGCCGGCCGGCGCGGCGGCCGAGGGCUGCCUGCGCUCCAGGAAGGAGGAGGACGCGUUCCUGGGCGAGCAGGACACGGAUCCAGAUUCUUUCCUGAAAUCAGCUCGCCUCCAGCGCCUGCCGUCAUCUUCAUCGGAGAUGGGCAGUCAGGAUGUCUCGCCGCUGCGGGAGACCAGCAAAGACCCAUUCUCUGCAGACUGCAGCUGCCGCCAGGAUGGGCUGACGGUGAUCAUCACAGCCUGCUUAACCUUUGCGAUGGGAGUCACGGUGGCCCUGAUCAUGCAGAUCUACUUUGGGGACCCACAGAUAUUCCACCAGGGUGCCGUGGUCACCGACGCUGCCCGCUGCACGGCGCUGGGCAUCGAGGUGCUCAACAAGCAGGGAUCCUCCGUGGACGCAGCCAUCGCCGCAGCUCUGUGCGCAGGAAUAAUCAACCCCCACACAUCCGGCAUCGGCGGCGGGGGAGUGAUGCUGGUCCACGACAUCCGGAAGAACGAGAGUCAGGUGAUUGACUUCCGAGAGACGGCCCCCUUUGGGAUCCAGGAGGAAGGCCUUCAGAAGGCCUGGGAGCUGAAGCCGGGUCUCCUGGUGGGGGUGCCAGGCAUGAUACAAGGGAUGCACAAGGCACAUCAGUUACAUGGGAGACUCCCGUGGUCAGAACUGUUGGGCCUUACUGCAAACAUUGCUCAGGAUGGAUUCAAUGUCACGCAUGAUUUGGCCAGAGCUAUCACUGAACUGAAGGAGCUAAACUACUCUGACAAAUUCAGAGAGACUUUCCUUCCAGACGGCCAGCCUUUGUUGCCUGGAAUGUUUGUGAGGCGACUUGAUCUAGCCACCAUUUUGGAUCUGGUUGGCUCAGAAGGGGUCUCGGCCUUCUAUGGUGGAAACCUGACCCAGGAGAUCAUUUCUGAGGUCCAUAACUAUGGAGGAGUUCUGUUAGAAGAAGACUUCAGUAACUACAACGCCCUAGUGGAGAAUCCAGUCCACACGGUGUAUCAAGGUCACCUUGUUCUCAGCCCUCCACCUCCACAUGCGGGUCCUGCACUGAUCGCAGCUCUAAAUAUCCUGGAGGGCUUUAAUAUCACAAGCCAGGUAACCAGGGAAAAUACCCUCUAUUGGAUAGCAGAGACAUUAAAAAUAGCACUGGACCUAGCUAACAGCUUGGGAGACCCAGUCUGUGACGCAUCCGUCUACCAUAGUGUAGAAGACAUGGUCAGUAAAUCAAAGGCAGGUUUCCUGCGUCAGCUGAUUAAUGACUCCCAGUCCUUCCCUUCUGGUAUCAAUAUUCCACACUUCUCCAUGGAGAGUGGCCCCCCUGCUAGCCAGGUCCUUGUUAUGGGACCCGAUGACUACAUUGUUGCAGUUGUAAGUUCCCUCAACCGUCCAUUUGGAAGUGGAAUAAUAACACCCUCUGGAAUCCUUCUAAACAGUCAGAUGUUGGACUUUUCCUGGCUGAAUAGUACAUUGAACUACUCCUCUCCUGGCCUGAGGAAUCUCAUUCAGCCUGGAAAAAGACCCCUUUCCUUUUUACUGCCCACUAUUGUUCGACCAUCAGAAGGAAUGUGUGGGACUUAUCUUUGUCUGGGAGCUAACAAUGGCGACAAAGCCUUGAGCAGCAUUACGCAGGUUUUAGUAAAUGUUUUAACACUUAACAAGAACCUGAGUGAGAGUCUGUCACUGGGUCGGCUGCACCCACAGCUUCAAUCCAACAUCCUGCAAGUUGACAGUGAAUUUCCCGAAGAAGAUAUUAAAUUCCUUGAAGCCAGGGGUCAUCAAGUAGAUAAAGUCGAUGUGCUUUCCUUGGUUCAUGGAGCCAGGAGAACCAACAACUUCAUCAUUGGUGUGAAAGACCCAAGAAGCAUGGAUGCUGCAGGAGCAACAAUAUUAUAACAACCUCCAUUUGGUGCGUUCAUUGGAUAAAGCUUUAAACAACAACAACAAAAAUUAUGUGCAUGUUCUGAAAUGGCCCAGGGAGGAACGAGCAGUGUUUGCUGUGGGUUUCUGCAUUGUUGAAUAGACCUUCUGCAUUCCCCACCUCAAACAAUGCAACAGUGGCUGGGAAAGGCACAACACAGCCCUUUGAUUUUGUAAAAAAAUAAUUUGAGUUGUAAUAAUCUCAGUUAUUAAAGGAAUGCAGGGAAUACACUUUUACUUUGACAAUGCCCCAUUAGUGAUUUCAGUCAUUUCAAAUGCCAACCUUAAACACUUUAAUUUAACCAACAGAAACAUUAGCAAAGAAGAUGACAAAGAGAACAAAAUAUUUUGUGCCAAACAGACAAUUACUGCUGUUGCUGUAAUUUUCAACUCCCUCCUUUCCCUGGCUUGACACCCUUGUCUCAUAUAAAUCAAUAUAUAAUACAGAUUGAUGUACUGGCUCUAGGCAGUCAUACCUGGAACUUCAGGGAUUUCUUUAAUAUUCCCUGUGGGUCAGCUGAUUUUUACUAGCAUGGAUAUUCCUAUAUCAAUUACCAUUCAUACAUCACUACACAUCUUUAGUGCCCUUAUGUCUCCUUCACCCUGAAUGUUUUGAAUUAAUUUACUGCAUAGACUCACUGGGGAUCUGGACUUGGAGUCAGACUACAUCUACACUGGCAAAAAUGGCACCCGGAAUUUACCACUGGUGCCCCCAAAAGAGGUCCAGUGGGGGUGGCCACAGUGCAAGUUGUAAUGUAGAAAGAGUUCAUGUAGAGUCAGGGCUUUUUUAACACUGUCUCAGCUAACCCUGCUCUGAAAAGGUGAGUCCCUUGCUUGAUUGAGCCCCAGAUUCAUGCCAACACUUCAAACCAGAGCUUAGAUACUGUUGUCGUGGGUGCAUUAGAAAACGUAAGUUAUAGAGAUAAGACAGGAAACAAAUCAAAAGCUACUUACGUAAUAUUUUUUAGAGUCCCCAACAUCCAAGACAGGCUGAAGGAAGCAUUCAGCAUUUGACUUGUCAAUAAAAAUGAGGAAAUACAAAGCGUGAUCAUGAUCAUUGCACAGAUUGAUUCUGGUCACCUUUUGAGCACCUCCUUUUCUUUCCACCAGUCAGUUCCAGACAGUCACCCAGCACUUUAAGCUUUUUUAAAAUGAUUUUUGUCAUUGUUUUCACAGCCUAUCGUGUACUGGUUUCCUUCAUGAUGUUAAUAUAUCUAUGGCCACUGUACAUACUAUAUAUGUAUGUCUGCUUAUGGUUGUCUUGGUAUUUCAUAUGAUGCUUUUAUGAAAGGGAUUCCAGAUCUUGUCACGCCGGAGAGACCAAUGAGCUGGAAUCUUGUGAAUACUGUUUUGUUCAUAUUAUAUCGGGGGUGGCCACACUGUCGCUCGCGAGCCACGUGCAGCUCUUUGACUAUUAUAGUGCGGCUUGAGGAGCCUGCCCAUUCUCCACCUACCAGACUGGGGGAGGGGAGUUUGGGACCUCUGCCUUGCAGCGGGGUCGUGGGGUAGGGGUUUCUGCCCAGUGGGGAGCGGGCUUCAGCCCUGCAGAGCACACCUGCCAGGGCUCGGGGAUUCAGCAGGAGCAGGGCUGAAGCCCUGAGCCCUGGCAGGCGCCUCUCGCGGGGAUGAAGCCCUGGGCCCUGGCAGGCGCACCCUGGUUCUCAAACUUCUGAAGAUUAUCGUAUGUGGCUCAGAGGAUCAGUAAGUUUGGCCAUUGCUGUAUUAUACCUUUUUAUGGCUCAAAUGCGGUUUAAUGGUGGGAGUAUGCAGUAUCUUCUUAAGGGGAUCAAUGAACUAACAGAUUAUCAAACUAAUAAUUCUUUGCGCUUAUGUAGUUUCUGUUAGCCGAGUAUCUCAAAAUUUUACAAACAUUAACUAAUAAAGUCCCAAACACCCUGUUGAGGUAGGAAAGACAUACCAGAGAGAUCCCUUUCAUGCACUACUGAAAUGCAGACACCUCUAAGGUAGAACAAGGUGGCUAUUAAGCAGACAUGAAUAAACAAAAAUAUUUUCCAUCACAAAUCAUAGAAUCAUAGGGUUAGAAGGGACUGCAAGGGUCAUCUAGUCUAACCCCCUUAUCUAGUCUAAUUCCCAUGACUCCGUGUGGGUCAGCCAUCAGCCAAGUAAUACCGCAGGAGAAAGGAGAAGUGCUGUAGUGAAAGCAGCAUGCUGCAUUCAUAACACUAUGCAUGGUUUGGAGCAGACUUCGUAAGGCUUACUAGGGAAGGGAGGGAGGCAUUUUUGUGCAUUGAUCCUCAUGGGCUGAAAUCUGGGAUUUUUCUAGGACAGUGACAGCAAUGAUCUAUCCCCCAUAUAUGGAGGUUUACUGAACAUGGUUGUAAAACAAGUGUUCCAGGAAUUGUUAUUUAUAGUGCUCCAAAAGAGUGCACAUUACUUAACAGCUCAGUUGGAAAGAUAAAAGUCCUAUUUGCCAAUUGAAUUCUUCUUUUCACCAGUAUAGUUCUGACGCUGAGCCCCGAAGGUCCUUUUACAAGUAAAGACUCUGGUUCUGAUCCAACAGAGCACUUAAGUGUCCCAAUGUGGAAUUUCAGUAGGAUUAUUCAAAUGCAGUAAAGUUAAAGCAUUUUCCUAAGUGCUCUGCUGGAUCACAGCCUAUACUGCAAAGAUGAGAAAAUGAAAAGAAACAGGGAGAUGAUAUUAUACCCAAAGGCCACACCUAACAAAAACAAAGGUCUUAUGAAUAGUUUCCUAUUCACUCUGGUUAAAAAGUGGUGUCAGUAUAGCAUAUAUUUGACAAAGAGUCACUUGUCAUUGAAGCUUGGUCAGAAAAUUUCUACUAGGACCAGCAUCUCUAAUCUUGGUAGUCAAUCUAGUAUGGCAAGAUCCACUGAAUUUCAUUUUAGUUAAUUUCAGUUUAAUUAAUUGUACUAGAAAAUGCGUAGUAUUUCCUCAUGUAGAAAUGAGACAAACAUUGUGAAAUUAAAGGGCCAUAUUCUAACCUUAGAGACAAAUUCUGCUUUUAGGAAUAUAUAUAUUAAUAUGCAGUAAUUCCAUUGACUUCAGUGGAGUUACUCUCAAUUUGCUACAACAUGAGAGCAGAAUUUGACCUGUUGUCUUUAUGCAGAAUUCGGCCUUGAUAUCACUGGGGAGCUCUCCGCACAGAACAAUAGUAAGACAUGGCCCGAAGUGUUAUGAAGACAAUUGACAUUACAUUUUGGUAAAAAAUGCCUUUACCAUUUGUAUCAUGAUCUUGGAAGUGACCGAAAAAGCAAUGAGGGUCAAACUCUUUAUCACCCCUUUACAGUGUUGUAAAAUUAGUGUAAUAUUCUAUUGUACAUCAGGAAUAACUGAGAUCAGAAUCUGGCCGUGAGCGUGGAGUCAAUUAAUUAAUGAUUUCCCACAGAAGCUCAAUGCAGUUAACGAAUGCAGCUUCAGAGCAACAUUUCAGUGGUUUUAAAUACAGUAGUGCAUUUGCACUCCCAAUUGUGUCAAACACAGACUGCUAUGUAUAAAGCUCUAAAGGUAAGGACAUAUACAAUGAGUAAGAAUGACAUUAAGCAACUUGUGUAUGUGUAACAAUUAUUUUGUUUUACCCUACAUUCCCUCUUCUGUUCUGGAGAAUCUGAAUCAGAAUCAGUACAGCCAGUGCUUAAUUUGUAAUGAAAGAGGUGCUGGGGCUCCGGUAAAUUUUUUUACAUUCAUAACAGGUUCAGCAAGCCCAGAGGUGCUGGGACUAUGAACUGCCAAGUCUAGAGAUGCCAGAGCUCAGCUCAGGCACAGCUUAAGCACUGAGUACAGCCAUUUGUCCAUCACUGACAAUUUUAAAAUCAAGAUUGCAUGUUUUUCUAAACGAUCUGCUCUGUGAAUUAUUUUGGGGAAGUUCUCUGGCCUGUGUUACACAGGAGGUCAAACUAGAUUAUCACAAUGGUCCCUUCUGGCCUUGGAAUCUAUGCCUCUAUGAAUUUUGCCUUCCUCAUUCCGCCACUCAAGUCUACAAACAGUGAAUGGGUCUAAUUCUGAUUUCACACCUGUGUAAAUUGGGAGCAACUUCACUGAAAUCAGUGGAGUUUAUGUUGAUGUAAAAUGGUGUAAGGGAAGUCAGAGCACCGUCAAUCUGUUUUCAAAAUAGCUGUGCUAAUACCUUUCUUAGUGAGCUCUUGGUUCCUUGACUAAGACUGGAAAAUUAUGAAGCACUUUUCCUGUAUUAAGUGGCACAGCUGUUAGCUAUCAGAUUUGCAGUGGGGAUUCUCUCUGAAUUGCUGGUGGUUUUCUCUAGAACAGAUUUCAGAGUAACAGCCGUGUUAGUCUGUAUUCGCAAAAAGAAAAGGAGUACUUGUGGCACCUUAGAGACUAACCAAUUUAUUUGAGCAUAAGCUUUCAUGAGCUACAGCUCACUUCAUUGGAUGCAUAAAAGUGGAAAAUGCAGUGAGGAUAUUUUUAUACACACAGACCAGUGAUCACUUUAGAUAAGCUAUUACCAGCAGGAGAGUGGGGUCGGGGGAGAGAAAACCUUUUGUAGUGAUAAACACCCAUUUUUUCAUGGUCUGUGUGUAUAAAAACAUCUUCUGUAUUUUCCACAGUAUGCAUCCGAUGAAGUGAGCUGUAGCUCACGAAAGCUUAUGCUCAAAUAAAUUGGUUAGUCUCUAAGGUGCCACAAGUACUCCUUUUCUUUUUUCUCUAGAACAGUUGUGCUCAAAAGGUUGUAGACUCCAAGGCCUACCCCAGAAACUGAAGAAGGAUUUGGGUCCCAAUUUUCCCCUCACUUACAUCAGUUUCACGCCAGUGCAACUCCAGGGACUUCAGUAGAUUUACUCUGGAUUUACAUUAGUUUGAGGGAAAGACAAAUCAGGCCUCUUAAGCAUAACUAGAUAAAACUCAUAACCUUUUCAUAGAGGACAAGAUUAUAGCACAAAUCAGCAAUAAGAAGGUUGGGUUUUUUUACCUAUUAAAAAUCUGACUUAGUGGGAAGUGCUGUUAUUGUGGGUGAAUGUUUACUUUGCAAUGGUUUUGAGAAAGUUCUAUACAUCAGCAAAGGGCUUCUCAUUGUUAUAGGCCAGAGAAAAGAGCACAUUGGGAGGGCCAGGACAGCUUUCAGAAGGAGUAACAGAUUGUAAUGAGCCUUAAAAAAAAAAAAAAAAAAAAAAAAAAAAAGCCUCUGUUUAUAGAGCAGAUGAGGAGGUUCAAUGGUGGCACCUCCAAUAAUGAGGCUAUCUGCCAACAAAGAGCCCUCCAGUGUUCAGCCCUUGUGCAGAAGGGAAUGAUUUCCACAAGGAUACUUAGGAGGGAGAAAGUCCCUCAACGGCAGUAGCUUCUUGCAGGCUGAAGCCCUUCAAGAUAAUGAGGAAGUUCAUCCAACUGAGGACAGUCCCUCAGCUUUGUGCAAAUCUUCCACAAGAGGGGUCUCAUAUCAGCAGCUGCAAGAACACUUCACGGAGCUGGUCCUUCUAGUAUAGCUAACCAAUACUGUGCCCAUCACUUCGAUAGCUACAUGCUCAGCUUCCUUUUUCCUACCUAGACAGAAGUAUGUGCAGAUAGGUAAGAAAGCAAUUAAAAUCUCAUCAAAACAUAUCUGCUUCCCACUCCCUCUCCCCACAUUUGUCCAAGAGGCCAUGUACAUAUUCUAGACUAGGAAUCACUUUUUGCGGUUCCACUGGGGGCAUGGAGAGAUUAAGUUCUUAGAACAAAAUUGUAACAUAGUAUUUCAUUUUGGAAAAUCCAUACAUGGUCAUGAAUACAAGUGAAACGAUGCCACAUUUACUGUACAGGAUCAUUUUUUUUUUGAAAAUACUGACCUAUGAAAAUGCAUUGUAAUCAUAGCCGUGACUUUGAUUGUAUUGAAAUCACAUGUAUCUGUGUAUUUUUUCACAUACAAUGAAAAAAGGCUAAAAUAAAUGCAGUUUUCUUUUUGUAUUAUGCA